AUGGGGGAGUGGGACGAGGACAAUACCAAGGACGGAGCCACUAUCCACAUUCUCCGAAAUGCCAGAAUUCCGGAUGCCCACACUGAAUCCCAAAUGAUCCUCCUUGUUUUGAGCCUCUGCCUGGCUACCGAGUUGCACCAGUAUGCUGCGGAGGGAUCCUUGAUGCUAGACGAUGUGAUGACCACCCACGUGGAGCAACAGAAUGAGAUCUGUGACAAACACAAUGCUCUCAGGAGACAAGAGGGUGGCAAAAACAUGCUGAAAAUGAAAUGGAAUGCUAAGAUUGCGGCAAAUGCGCAAAAAUAUGCCGACCAGUGCAUUUACGAACACAGUCCAAAGGCGAGCAGAAAAAUUGAUGGCAGAAACUGUGGUGAAAACCUCUUUAUGUCAAGCACAAUCUUCCCGUGGUCUUAUGUAUGCGAGUCUUGGUAUAAUGAAAAAAAAGACUUUGUGUAUGGUGUUGGAGCAUCCCCAAAAGGUGCAAUGGUUGGCCAUUACACCCAGGUUGUUUGGGCUACAACUUAUGAGAUGGGAUGUGGUGUGGCCUACUGUCCUAACCAAGGAAAGCUCAAGUAUUUCUUCGUUUGUCAAUACAGCCCUGCAGGGAACGUGGAUGGUAAACGUGAGACUCCCUAUAAAAAAGGAACUCCAUGUGCGGACUGUCCAGAUCACUGUGAUCAAGGAUUGUGCACUAAUCCCUGUCUACACAAUAACCAAUACAGCAACUGUGAUCCCUUAACAAAGCAAUGGGGAUGCAACCACCCAGAUCUAAAGGAGGAAUGUAAGGCUUCUUGUAAGUGUACCACUGAAAUAAGAUAAAGUCUCCCCGAGUACUUGUUUAUGCAACGCAUGGCUUGUGUUAAAAACAUAACUUCUACUACUGCUU